GAGAAAAUGGAUUAAUUAAGAUUUUUGGUUGGAGGAAGUAGCGAGGCAUUAGCCAUGGCAGCAACCAUUCCUUUUUCUCUGCUGAGGAACUUCUCGCCGUUGAAACUAGCAACACCUUUCGUUCGCAAAGUCUCCAACUUCAAUCUUCUCCCUCUUCAACCACGCAGGUCGGUCGUUAGUACCCGUGCAUUGAACAAUGAAGAGGCUGCAGCAAAAGCAGCUGCUGUUAAUUUUGAUAGUGAAGCUCCGACAAUAUUUGAUAAGAUCAUAAGUAAGGAAAUCCCUUCUACCAUUGUUUAUGAAGAUGAAAAGGUUCUUGCAUUUCGUGACAUUAAUCCACAGGCUCCGGUUCAUGUUCUCGUCAUUCCAAAAUUAAGAGAUGGAUUAACACAGCUUGGGAAGGCUGAUAGUAGACAUGGGGAAAUAUUGGGGCAACUUCUCUAUGCUGCCAAAAUAGUAGCUGAGAAAGAAGGUAUUGUCGAUGGAUUCCGAGUCGUCAUCAACAGUGGUCCUAGUGCCUGUCAAUCUGUGUAUCAUCUGCACUUGCAUGUAUUGGGUGGGAGACAGAUGAAUUGGCCGCCAGGUUGAAGGUUGAAAGUUAAUUUUUGUCAAAUUAUAACUGCCUAUUUUCUCGGGAAUCGCUCAUGGAUAUUUCUUCUUUAAGAGUUGUAAUUUUUAGACCUACAUAUAAAUAAAUAAUCUAAAAGCAAGGGAUCUUUCAGUUUGAUCAAAUGAUUAUUUGGCGGAAGCUAAUCCAUAAUUAAUUAGAAAGGGUAAAAUGCUCGUUUCUAGGAAAA